GUACCUCCCCUGCUUGUUUUCCUUAGGUGCAGGCAAAAACAACUUUCGUCAAGGUGAUCGCCAACCACACAACGGCAACACUUCAUAAUUUUCAUACCGUACACACCUACUAAUCAAUUGAAGUGAAAUUCUACCGAUCACUAAUUCAUUCCCCAUUUCUCAUCCGUGCUUCACUACUUCCACCAAAUAACCUCUCUUUCCUUCGUGCAUGGUAUACGCUCCUUUCUUAUCCCUUCAAGCCUGCUUGUGCCGUACGAUCAACCUUUGGCUUCUAUUCCAGUCGAGGGGUUAGAAUUAUCAACGAAAAGGGACAUAACUCAACACGAACGAGAUAAUCCCCUCACUUUGUGUCCCUAUUCCUAGUCGACAUAAUAUCAAACAAGUAGAGGUGCCAUUUAGAGUUGUCGACACUCCAUUCCUCCAGACUCUACUUACCUGCCGCUUAUACCCCACACACCUCUACCCACCUAUCUCGAUCCUACCGCCGAAAUGCGUCCCGAAGUUGAGCAGGAACUUGCUCACACGUUGCUUGUCGAGCUUCUUGCCUAUCAGUUUGCCUCUCCUGUGAGAUGGAUCGAAACGCAAGAUGUCUUCCUCGGCGAGAAGACGGCCGAGCGUAUCGUUGAAGUCGGCCCGGCGGAUACUCUAGGUGUAAUGGCGAAGAGAACAAUCGCAUCCAAAUAUGAAGCAUUCGAUGCUGCGAAGUCUAUCCAACGUCAGAUCCUCUGCUACAACAAGGAUGCAAAAGAGAUUUACUACGAUGUAGACCCAAUCGAGGAGGAACCAGAACCCGCUGCUGCUCCUGCAGAGGGUUCGUCAAGUUCUGCGGCAGCACCUUCGGCAGCGGCGGCUCCUGUUGCGGCAGCUCCGGCGCCGAGCGCGGGUCCCGCUGCAUCUAUUGACGAUGUGCCAGUGUCUGCUCUCGAGAUUGUCAGAGCGUUGAUCGCGCAAAAGCUGAAGAAGCCAUUCUUAGACGUUCCCCUAAGCAAGGCGAUCAAAGAUUUAGUUGGAGGUAAAUCAACUCUUCAGAAUGAAAUCCUCGGUGAUCUAGGGAAGGAAUUUGGGUCAACUCCAGAAAAGCCAGAAGAUACUCCCAUCGACGAAUUAUCAGGAUUGAUGCAGGCGACAUUCAACGGCCAGCUCGGGAAGCAGUCACAAUCACUCAUUGCCCGCCUAAUUUCAUCGAAGAUGCCGGGUGGUUUCAACAUGACAGCAGCGCGCAAGUACCUAGAAACGAGGUGGGGUCUUGGUCCUGGGAGGCAGGACGGUGCUCUUGUAUUGGCCAUCACUAUGGAACCAGCAUCUCGUCUCGGUUCCGAAAACGAUGCGAAAGCCUACCUCGACGAUGUUACCCAAAAAUAUGCUGCCAACUCCGGCGUCAGCUUGUCUACAGCAUCAUCCGCCGGUCCCGCCGCUGGUGGGUCAGCAGGCAUGAUGAUGGACCCCGCCGCCAUCGAUGCCCUUACCAAAGAUCAGCGUGCCCUGUUCAAGCAACAGCUUGAGCUGCUGGCAAGGUACCUGAAAAUGGAUCUUCGGGCAGGCGACAAAGCUGCACAGACAUCCCAAGAGUCGCAACAAGUACUACAGGCACAGCUAGAUCUUUGGAGUGCUGAGCACGGUGACUUCUAUGCGGCGGGUAUUGAACCCGUCUUUAGUCCCUUGAAAGCACGUACCUAUGAUUCUUCUUGGAACUGGGCGCGACAGGAUGCCCUAAGCAUGUAUUACGAUGUUAUCUUCGGCCGGCUACAAGCUGUCGACAGAGAAAUCGUUAGUCAAUGCAUUCGCAUCAUGAGUAAAUCAAACCCCCUACUUCUCGAAUUCAUGCAAUACCACAUCGACAACUGUCCAACGGACCGUGGAGAGACCUACAAGCUUGCUAAGGAGCUUGGGCAACAGUUAAUCGAAAAUUGCAAAGAUGUCCUAGACGUCGCGCCCGCUUAUAAAGACGUAGCUAUUCCAACUGGACCGCAUACCUCUAUAGAUGCUCGUGGUAAUCUCAAUUAUGAAGAAAUCCCUAGGCAAAGCUGCCGCAAGCUUGAACAUUACGUCCAACAAAUGGCGGAAGGCGGGAAAAUAUCCGAGUACGGCAAUCGGACUAAGGUGCAAAAUGACCUCGGGCGUCUCGUCAAGCUCAUUAAGGAGCAACAUAAGAUGUCUAAGACCGCGAAGUUAGAAUUCAAGAAUCUCUAUGGGAAUGUUCUUCGUUCACUUGCCAUGAAUGAAAGUCAGAUCUUACCUAAGGAUGCUGGAAAGGCUAACGGUCCCCUUAAAAAGCCCACGUUGAAGCCCAAUGGUCAAAGUGGAAAGGGCAAGAUGGAAACUAUUCCGUUCCUACACCUUAAGCGCCACAAUCUACACGGUUGGGAAUACAGCAAACGACUAACGGGUAUUUACUUGGACUGCUUAGAGGAGGCUGCUAAGGCCGGCGUCACUUACCAGGAUAAAUACGUCCUCAUGACCGGUGCUGGUGCCGGCUCGAUCGGUGCCGAAGUUCUUCAAGGCUUGAUUAGCGGGGGUGCCAGAGUCAUCGUAACAACCAGUCGUUUUUCGCGACAGGUAACCGAGUAUUACCAGGCGAUGUAUGCUAGGUUUGGUGCGCGUGGAUCUCAACUAGUCGUUGUUCCGUUCAACCAGGGAAGUAAACAAGACGUUGAAGCACUAGUCAAUUACAUUUACGACCCCAAGGCCGGUCUAGGAUGGGACCUGGAUUACAUUGUUCCAUUUGCUGCCAUUUCUGAAAAUGGCCGACAGAUUGACGGUGUCGACUCGAAGUCCGAGCUUGCCCACCGCAUCAUGUUAACGAACCUGAUCCGUCUCCUAGGCUGUGUGAAAGCGCAGAAAUUGGAGCGCGGCUUUGAAACUCGUCCUGCUCAAGUCGUACUUCCGUUGUCUCCCAACCACGGCACAUUCGGCAGCGAUGGUCUCUACUCCGAAUCAAAGCUCGGCUUAGAGACGCUUUUCAACCGCUGGCAUUCUGAGGAUUGGGCCAACUAUCUCACCAUUUGCGGCGCUGUCAUUGGUUGGACUCGUGGUACAGGUCUCAUGUCCGGUAACAAUAUCGUAGCCGAAGGCGUUGAGCAGUUCGGCGUCCGCACUUUCUCCCAGCAGGAGAUGGCUUUCAACCUUCUCGGACUUAUGUCUCCCGCUAUCGUAGACCUCUGCCAAAAUGAGCCUGUGUUUGCAGAUCUCAAUGGUGGUCUCCAAUUCAUUCCCAACUUAAAUGAUACCAUGACACGCUUACGUAAGGAUAUCAUGGAGACUAGCGAAGUCCGCCGAGCAGUCACAAAAGAGACUGCGAUUGAGAACAAGGUCAUAAAUGGUGAAAACUCGGAAGCCUUGUACAAGAAGAAAAUCGUUGAGCCGCGUGCCAACAUCAAAUUUGAUUUCCCAACUCUCCCUAACUGGGAGAAGGAAAUCGCGCCACUCAAUGAUAGCCUGAAGGGUAUGGUAGACUUGGAAAAGAUCGUCGUUGUCACUGGUUUUGCUGAGAUUGGACCCUGGGGUAAUUCUCGCACUCGCUGGGAAAUGGAAGCAUAUGGCCAAUUUUCACUUGAAGGCUGCAUCGAGAUGGCAUGGAUCAUGGGUCUCAUCAAGAACUUCAAUGGUUCCAUUAAAGGACAGCCUUACUCAGGUUGGGUUGACGCCAAAACAAACGAACCAGUCGAAGAUAAGGAGAUCAAACAAAAGUACGAGAGUUACAUUCUUGAGCAUUCCGGUAUCCGUCUCAUUGAGCCGGAGCUCUUUGAUGGGUACGAUCCCAAUAAGAAGAUGAUGUUACAUGAAAUCCAACUAGAAGAGGAUCUAGAACCAUUUGAGGGAUCGAAGGAGACAGCCGAGGAAUUCAAGAGGCAGCAUGGCGACAAGUGCGAGAUUUUCGAAAUCACGGAGACUGGCGAGUACACUAUUCGCUUGAGGAAGGGCGCUACUCUUUGGAUUCCCAAGGCGCUCAAAUUUGACCGUCUUGUUGCUGGUCAAAUACCCACGGGCUGGGAUGCCAAGAAAUAUGGUGUUCCCGACGACAUUAUUUCUCAAGUCGACCGCGUCACCUUGUAUGUGCUUAUUUCCGUUGCCGAAGCCCUCCUGGCUUCUGGUAUCACCGACCCGUACGAGUUCUAUAAGUACGUGCAUGUGUCCGAAGUUGGCAACUGUAUUGGUUCCGGCCAAGGUGGUAUGAAUGCUCUUAAUGGGAUGUAUACCAAGCGAAAGAUGGACCACGAUAUCCAGAAGGACAUUUUACAGGAGUCAUUCAUCAAUACUAUGGCUGCAUGGGUCAAUAUGCUGUUGCUGUCUUCCUCGGGUCCCAUCAAAACCCCCGUUGGAGCUUGUGCUACAGCUGUGGAAUCCGUCGAUAUCGGGUACGAAGCUAUCAUGGAGGGUAAAGCACGUAUUUGUUUAGUCGGUGGUUUUGAUGACUUCGGUGAAGAAGGUUCAUAUGAAUUCGCCAACAUGAAAGCAACAAGCAACAGUCUCGAUGAAUUUGCCCAUGGGCGUACACCUCAGGAAAUGUCACGUCCGACUACGACGACAAGGGGUGGGUUCAUGGAAUCUCAGGGAUGUGGUAUCCAAGUUAUCAUGACAGCGAAACUAGCACUUGAUAUGGGUGUGCCAAUUCAUGGUGUACUCGCCCUUACCACCACUGCAAGCGACAAAAUUGGUCGUUCCGUUCCCGCGCCUGGACAAGGUUUGUUGACCACGGCCCGGGAAGCCCCCAGCAAGUUCCCAUCGCCUCUAUUAGAUCUCAAGUACCGUCGCCGACAGAUUGAACUCCGCAAGAGACAGAUUCGUAACUGGAAAGAGUCUGAACUGGAAUAUCUUUACGAGGAAGCAGCUGCUAUGCAGGCUCAAGGUCACAAGUUUGACGAGAAGGAAUACACCCAAGCUCGAGCCGUUCACAUCGAGAAGGAAGCUGCACGGCAAGAAAAGGAAGCCUUACGAAGCCUUGGAAACAACUUCUGGAAGCAAGAUAACACCAUUGCUCCUCUUCGGGGCGCCCUUGCUACUUGGGGUCUAACCAUUGAUGACUUGGAUGUUGCAUCUUUCCAUGGCACAUCAACCAAGGCCAAUGACAAGAACGAGUCGUCGGUCAUCUGCCAGCAAUUGCGUCAUCUCGGUCGCAAGAAGGGUAAUGCCGUCCUUGGUGUCUUCCAGAAGUACCUUACCGGUCACCCCAAGGGUGCUGCCGGAGCUUGGAUGUUCAACGGCUGCUUGCAAGUUCUGAACAGUGGCUUGGUUCCCGGUAACCGCAACGCUGACAACGUCGAUAAAGACAUGGAAAAGUUUGACCUGAUUGUAUACCCCAGCCGAAGCAUCCAAACCGAUGGUGUAAAGGCCUUCUCUCUCACCUCCUUCGGUUUCGGCCAGAAGGGUGCCCAAGCAGUUGGCGUUCACCCCAGGUACUUGUUUGCCACUCUAGAUCAGGAGACGUAUGCGGAGUAUUCUGCCAAGGUCAUAGCCCGCCAGAAGAAAGCUUAUCGCUACAUGCACAAUGGUAUCGUCAAUAACGCCAUCUUCCAAGCUAAGAAUCACUCGCCGUACUCCGACGACCAGCUCACCGCCGUCCUUCUAAACCCCGACGCCAGGGUUACGGAGAAUGUGAAGACAGCUGAGCUCGUCUAUGCUGCCGACUUCGCCCAACAGGCUGCUCGACCCCACACUAUCAAGGCGAAGAACACCAAGGAGGUGGUAGAGAGCCUAGCUCGAAGUCUCCAAACGGGGAAGAAUAACAAGGUCGGUGUUGAUGUAGAAGACAUCACAGCCAUCAACAUUGAAAAUCCUACAUUUGUUGAGCGUAAUUUCACGGAGAAGGAGAUCGCGUACUGCAAGAAGAUGCCAAGUCCACAAAGCUCCUUCGCGGGAAGGUGGAGCGCGAAGGAGGCUGUCUUCAAGAGUCUAGGUGUCCAAAGUAGAGGUGCCGGUGCGCCCCUGAAGGGCAUUGAGAUCCUUUCUAGUGAGAACGGCGCACCCGUCGUCUCUCUUCAUGGUGAUGCUCAAGAAGCCGCAAAGAAGGCAGGUGUGAAGGAGAUCAGCGUCUCCAUUUCACAUUCCGAGACGCAAUCCAUCGCGAUUGCGGUCGCAACCUUUUAAACCUCGUUGGGGUUUUCGGUUUGUUUUCUGUACAUUUGUGGUGCGGCGUGAUGUUUUCCGUGUUUUGGGUUCUCGGCUUCACUGUAUAUCCCUCUGUAGACACUUAGAGAUUGGAAGAGAGCCAUUGCAUUUGUUAGAGACGCUGUCAAUGAGGAGGGUAUGAAUGGAAGAAAUAUCGAUGACCAGCAAAUAUCAUCUCGGACAGAAAUAGCCCGAGAAGGAAAUAAUAAUUGUUCAAUAAUACCUA